GAACGUGUUUAUGUUUAUUAUAAUUCAUAUUUUUACUGCCGUUGUAAGUGUUAAUUGUGAAGAUGAAAACUUCUUUGAAGAUGUGCUAAAUCCAGAAGAUAUUGUAGAUCCACAUUCUUUGUAUUUUAAUAAGCAAAGUAAGAAGAUGAUUACAGAUAUGGAAGUGGGCUCAUAUGAGGCAACAGAUAUCUUACAAGAGAAUAAUGAAGCAAAAUGUAUCGUGAAAACUAGUGAAAAAGCAAAUGAUUGUAGCAAUCAUGAAGCAAUCUUUUAUAAGCGUCUUCUUAAUUUGUUAUUAUCAAAUAUUAACAUACAGGAGGAGGAUGACGUAUCAAUAACAGGAACAGUACAGAUUGAAAUAUCUCAUUCACAAAUGGAAAUCCUUCAAAACUUUAAGGUUCACAAAAAAUCUUUAAGAGAAGUUGAUGAAAUUUUGAGCAACAUAAUAAAGAAGCCUGGAUACAAUUAUAUGGCUGGAGCUAUGUAUAUUUUUGGUGUACUACAAAAAAUACUGAACACACUAUUUGAAACAGUACAAGAAUAUCAAAAUGGAGCUGUAAUUAUAUUUGCAUUGUUAAUGGUUGGUUUGUCAUUUAGAAUGAUGAAAUGGGGACAAACACUUCCCAUCUUCAGUUUAAUACAAAUCAUAUUUGUACUUAGUUUCUUUAUGACUUGGUGGCAACUUAUACAGGAUGCUGAAAUUAAAGCUGCUGCAGCACAAAUGAAAUUUGCAGAGAUACCAAUCUCAUGUCAACCAGAUAAAAUGAACUUGUGGCAUAAGUUUGUUUCAUACUUUAUUAACGACGAUUGUGAACAGUAUUAUAAAAUAAUGAUGUCUAAUCCAAAGCUAACAGUUACACCUGCACUUGCAUUAACUCAUUUUAUUACUACCGUUAUUCUUCAUCCAAUUACACAUGUCGGCACUGUAAUAUCUUCUUUUAUAAGUAACGCUACAGAGGAUGUCUCAUGGACCUAUGCGUGGAUUAUAAAAUGCAUGCUCUUUUUGUGCGUAGGUCUCGUUAUAUUAAUGAUACCGAUCUUCCUAUCUGGUGCAUCUAUUAAUUUAGGCUUCGGACCACUGUUCAGAAUCGGAAUUAGUCAUCAGAAAAAAUCUGAAAAAGGUAAUUCGUUACAAAGUAUUGAAAAACGGGAACCUGUAGAAGUAAUUCUGAAGUUAAAUCCUGCUAUCGACUUACCACAAAUAAAAAAAACUUUGGAGAUCAAGCAAACAGAUGCUCUACCAGUAUUAGAAACUGAACGCGAAGAAAUAAACAGUGAUUUUCAAAAAUAUGAGGAUGAUUUAUCUUCUGGUGAUACAAUAAAAACCCAAGAGUUUUUAAAAUGUGAUAAAGAAAAUGUUACGAAAGGUGAAAAGCAUGAUGCAGUGAAGUUGGGAAAAAACGACGGAAGUGGAGAUGCUUGA